AUGUCGAAAGCACAAGAAAGCAAGGCUGACCUGGAGCGGCAAGAGAGCAUCGCCAGCACGCUUGAAGGCACAGGAUCAGCAGAUGACUGGCUACGGAUCCAAGGCGAGAAGAACCCAUAUUACGCCCACGAUCUCACUUGGACGCCCGAAGAGGAGAAGAAGAUCGUUCGUACCUUUGAUUUCAAGAUUCUAUCAUGGAUCGGAGUCAUGUUCUUCUUCAUGCAAUUGGAUCGUGGCAACAUGGCCAACGCCCUCACGGACAACUUUAUGGAGGACCUCAACAUCACACUCAAUACAGUCACCCUCGGCUCGACCAUCUUCACAAUCUUUUUCUGUCUUUUCGAGAUCCCCUCCAAUAUAAUCAUCCGUCGGGCAGGGCCGCAGCGCUGGAUCCCCUUUCUGAUGUGUUUCUGGGGUCUCUCCACUGCUUGCCAGUUCUUCCUCAAGGACAAGCUUACUUUCCUGAUCUGCAGGGCUCUGGUCGGAAUUUUCGAGGCAGGAUAUAUUCCCGGGAUUGCCAUCUACUUGACGACAUACUACAAGAAACACGAGAUGGCAGUGCGGUUGUCGAUCUUCUGGUCCACUCUGGCGAUCGCCAACUCGGUUGCUGGAGUGCUCGCUUAUGGGAUCUUGCACAUGCGCGGGGUUGCAGGCCACGCGGGUUGGAAAUGGCUGUUCCUGUUCGAGGGACUGGGCACGGUCGUGAUCGGAAUCUUUUCAUUCUUUAUCCUCCCCGAAGGUCCCACGAGCACCAAGGGCGGUCUCCGCAGGAAUGGAUACCUCACAGCCCGUCAGGAGCAGAUUGCGAUUACACGCCUGAUCCGGGACGACCCCACCAAGGCCGACACUAGCAAGGGUGUAGUCUCGCGGAAACACCUCUUCAAGGCACUGACGAGUCCGAAGGUGUGGCCGAAUAUCUUGAUUGGAUUCUUUGGCUUGUUGCCAUUUUCACCCCUGACGAUUUUGUCGCCUCUGAUCGUCAAGAACUUGAACCUGGGAGUUCCACCUUUGGUAUCGAAUUUGCUGGUAAUCCCGGGCUAUGUGAUUUCAUUGUCGAUUAUGACGUUUGUGAGCUGGAGCUCGGACAAGCAUAACGAGCGCGCGUUCCAUGGAGCGUUGGCGUCGACAUAUUAUGCGCUGUGUAUCUUGGCCCUGGCAGUGCUCCCGGAGGAUGCGAGCAAAUUCAGUCUGUACUUUGCGCUGAUCUUUGCGAUGGGCGGUCAGACGUGCUGGCAUCCUGUGAAUGCUGCGUGGAUUGCAGGGAACACAGCUCCGGUCGGAAAACGAUCGAUCGCGUUGGCAAUGUACAUUAUUUCAGUCAAUGCAUGCGACAUGGUUUCAGUGAACCUGUUCAGGGACGAAGAUGCACCUCGGUUCAUUACAGGGUUCUGGAUCCUGUUCGGCGCGCUCCUGCUGACGAUCGUGCUGUUUAUCUUUCAGCGUUAUCAUCUCAUGUGGAUCAAUAAGCGAAGGGAAGAAAAGACCAAGGAUUGGACGGAUGCGGAUUGGCACCAUUACAACGAGACGACGACCGACGAGGGAGAUGAUCAUCUUUCGUUCCGCUACAGCUACUAG